AUGGCCCUGAUGCCGCUGGACGCCGACGGGGAUGACUGUCUCCACGAGUACUGCUACCUCUUUUCCCCGGACUUGCUCCGAGACAAGGUGGCCUUUAUCACUGGAGGGGGCUCCGGGAUCGGCUUCCGGAUUGCUGAGGUCUUCAUGCGGCAUGGCUGCCACACGGUCAUCGCUAGCAGAAGCCUGCCCAGAGUGUCCACGGCUGCCAAGAAACUGACUGCGGCCACAGGUCAGCGGUGCCUCCCUCUCUCCCUGGACGUCCGAAAUACCCCGACCAUCACAGCUGCAGUGGAUCAGGCGCUGAGGGAGUUUGGGAAAAUUGACAUUCUUGUGAAUGGUGCAGCCGGGAACUUCCUGUGCCCCGCCAGUGCCCUGUCCUUCAACGCCUUCAGGACUGUGCUAGACAUUGACACCGCUGGCACCUUCAACGUGUCCCGAGUGCUCUACGAGAAGUUCUUUCGGGACCACGGAGGUGUGAUCCUGAACAUCACCGCGACCCUUGGCUACCGGGGGCAGGUACUCCAGGUGCAUGCAGGUGCUGCCAAGGCUGCCGUGGACGCUAUGACGCGGCAUCUGGCUGUGGAGUGGGGCCACCAGAAUAUCCGUGUCAACAGCCUGGCCCCCGGCCCCAUCAGCGGCACUGAAGGAUUCCGGCGGCUAGGUAAUCCCCAGGCCAUGAGGGUAUUGCACUUCUCCGAAAGUCCCCUGCAGAGGGUGGGGAGCAAGACUGAGAUUGCCCACAGUGCGCUCUACCUGGCCAGCCCUGCGGCAUCCUAUGUGACAGGAGCCAUGCUGGUGGUCGACGGUGGCAUGUGGCUGACCUCCCCCAACAACGUCGAGAUGCUGCCAAAGUCCCAUUCCUUGCCGUCGAAGCUCUAG